AUGGUGCCGAGCAUGGCAGCCACUAGCCCCGAAGUGGCAACCAAGCGAAGGAAAGUCACACCACCUGGAGCUUCAACCAUAGCUCCGAGCUCACAGUGCAGACUCUUGCAGGACUUUGAAGACGGUGAAAACUGUGACUUUGUGGCAACGGUGGCAAAGAUCGAGGGUUACGAGGAGCAGCCGUGGACAGAGGAAACUGGGCAUGAGAGAGAUGAGCCGUAUGGAGGUGGAUGCGCCAAAGUCGGCUUUCCCCAAGCUGCCGAUUCCGAUGCGACGGCAGUUGACAAGCGCCCACCAAAACGAAGCAGGCAGGAUCCACAGCGGUCCUCAGCCGAGGCAUGUUACAGCAACAGCUUUGAUGCCUUGACACCUGAAGAGUUCGACUGGUUCACACGGGUGCCACGGUUUCUGGCGAAAGAGAUAGGCCUUGAAUUCGAGCGGCUUCCAGCAAAGCAGUGCGUGCACGUCUUCCACCAGCGCUACCUCACCGGACAACAAGUUGACUACCGCUACGACACCAGGGAGCUUAGCACCGGCGAAGUGGUUGCCCGUCUCGUCACACCGUCCUUCUACGACCGCAUCUUCGAAGGACCCAGCCGAAGUGACGCCAAAGAGGCAAUGGUCGCCGUGGCCGAGCAUGUCUUCAUCAAGGACUUGCAGGUAAACCGAGCAGCAAGUCGUCUUACUCCUGCCAUCGACAGAAUCCGACGCCAUGUGACCAACAUGCUUGAGCGACCGGGAUUGAAGGCAUCAUUGACUCGAGGAGGCGUCAACAUCAAGAUGCUCACUCAGGAUUCGAUUAAAGCUAUUUUUCAAGGCUUUCAGGGCAAAGGAUGUAGAACCGCACUGUGGGACGGCAACCAGUAG